AUGACCAAAGCCAGUUCCUCUGAAUCCCCUGAAAGCAUGGGAAGCACCAACAGGGGCGAGACAGCAUCUCCUCCCUGUUACUCAGAUGUGUUGAGUUCCCCUCAGACAGGAUAUGCUCACAAGGAUUUUAUGAUGAUGGCACCUGAAGAAAAGCUCAAAUACUUUGACAACCGGGCUCAGGCCCAUGAGGACAACCAAGAGGUGGGUAUUUUGCAGUUUGAUGCCUGCAUCCAGGACCUGGUGCGUUGUGUGGCUCUGUGUAGGCUGGUAUAUGGGGAUGGGCAUCUCAAACUGGCCCAGGCCCAUGCCAGACUGGCUAAAGCAUAUUUCCAGUUCAAAGGUUGGGGACUUCAGGCCCUGGAGCACUCAGCUAUGGCCAGAGAGCUGCUGCCUUUCUGCCCCUCCGUGUCCUCCGGCAGAGGGGAAAAGCUGGAGGUUCUUAUGUGUCUCCUGAACGUACACCUCACAAAGGGAGGCUCUUCACUGCUUACAACCAAUCUUGAGGAGGCAGAAUCUUCUUUUCUGGAGGCAGAACAAGUUCUUGAGGAGCUUCAUCAACUCAGUGGCAUCAACCAGGAAGAGAAGAUGAAGACUGAGCUGGAAAUCUCCACCGGUCUAUCCAGGGUCUAUAGGCGACAGAACAGACCAGAGGAGGCCUUAAGACAGUGUGAGAAGUCUCUGCAAUGGCUGAAGGACUGUGGCAAGCCAGAGAAGACGUGUUCGGUCUAUAGGGACAUGGCUGCCAUCGAACAGGACAAAGGUCAUUUGGACCGAGCCAUAGAGCAUCUCACCAAGGCCCAUGCCAUUGCUAUGAGUCACAACCCGGAGGAGCUGGAGGGGGCUCAGAUCUCCCACAGCUUGGCCCUCAUCCUUUCAGCUUCAGCAGAGCCAUAUCACAAUGACUCUGCAGGUAGCUACUUUGAGGAGAGUCUAAGUGCGUAUAAAAACUGUGCAGGUCCACAGGAUCCAGCCUUUCUGACGGCCCAGGAUGAUUUCUGUCGUUUCCUCCUCCUCAGUGGCCAGCAAGAGAGAUGUGUGGAGAUCCAGAGAGCUUCUCUCGCUACAAAGAGAUCUACUUUUGGGGACUUGUCGGCUGAGGUAGCAGACUCCCUUCAGCUUAUAGGAAGUGUGGAUAUGAGUGAGGGCAGACUGAAGCAGGCCCACAGGAACAUGAGGAAGUGUCUGGAGGUCCAGAGUUUGUUGUAUGGUCCUCAGCACAAGAAGACAAAAGCUACACAAAAAGCAGUGGACAUGCUGGCAAGGGCACCAGAGGUGGCUGUGAGACAACAGAGGCGGGGUCAAAGGAAAACAAAACAUCACACACCUUCAGUUGAACCCUGCAGUGGCAACGAUGGAAACUCGAUGUCUGACUCAUGAAAUCUUAUUUUACAAUAAUCUUGCAAGCGUUGACCAAUAAUCCCUGGCAUUUGUUUUUUAGAGAAGUUUUUCUGUCCGUUAGAUAAUGCACUGCUGAAAAUCAUCUUCAUUCACACAAAUUAUGUCCACUGGCAUUUUAGGUAAAAUAAGUCAGCUUUGAAGAAAUACUCAUACUCAAAAAGCAUAUCAACAAUGUGUUUUAAUGGAUGUUUUAAGAUAUGAAUCAAUUUCCAAAUAAAGCAGAGCAAUAAUUCCAUAUGUUUUCAAAAGAAACCAUUUUGUUAAUGAAAGCAAUGAUGUUGGAUUAUCCGUGGUGACCAAUAUUUAUUGAACCUUUGUCUCAUUACACAUUUUUCAUAGGUAUUUCCUGGAUGCUGCAGAUUUGUAUGCUGUGAAAUGGCACGUUAUCUAGAUUACACUCUGGACAUACAUAUACAGCAAAGAUCUGUUAUUAAAGCACAAUUGAAGUGCACUGAUAUUAUAGUGUUUUUGUUUAAAUUAAUGCAGUUUGCAGAUGAGAAUGUAUGGAAUUAUGCUGUAUCUUGGCACUUAAAUGAAAGGUCUUUUUAAUUGAGUUUUCAUUUAGUAGAUUUAUUUUUAAAGUUAACAUAUUUAUAAAAGCAUGGCAUGCAUGCUAAACAUUACAUUUCUGCACAUUUCCUUUACGUGAAAGUGCCAAGAGGCCAAUCCGUGAAUACAUUACUCAAUAGUUACACAGUGUUCAUGUUGCAGUUUCCACUUCCGAUAAAUGUGCAAAACAUGGAACCACACUGUAAUCAUAGUGGACCAUUUCUGCCUCUGCAACAAGUGCACAACACAACAAACCCUAAUGGAUAGUCGAUGCUACUAAGCCAAUAAUCCAAAAAUAGUCACGGUCAUGGACACUCGUAUGUCCCAUCAAAGGUGAACGCUUCAAGCCAACACUGUGAUAACCAUCAACUGUCUACAAGCAAAAGGGCAUCCAGACAAGACACACUGUACAUCAAAACCAGGUGCGAUUUAUAUUAUAUUUUCUUUAACAACACAAUCGCUGAAUUCUUCCAAUUCCUUAAGCUACUACUACUUAUGUUCACUCUUUCAACUUACUAUUGGCUUUUCUAAUAAACAACCCCCUUAUUUGGUGUUAUAAAUGGACAAAUUCACCAUUUUCAAUUCCCACCCCCCUAGUCACAUGUUCUGAUCAACAUUUAGCUGUCGGACAAAUUUGAAAUGUAUGUUAUUGACACAUACCAUUUAAAGAUACAUAUUUUACAAACAUUGAUUACAUUGAUCACGUAACCCGGUUAUUUGACAACCACUUUCAAGUGCCCCAUUUACUACACUACACUAUGAUUUAAGCAUUCAAAACUUGCAAAGUUUAAGACAAAUUACCAUCUUUCCCCCCCCCCACCUCUAUACUGUCCUCAGCUACAAGCUUCACUGUAUUAUAUACUCUUUACUGACUACUGCUUCAAAUAGAUCUGCUUCAGGAUACAGUAAAUGCAAAAAAUAUUCUUAUUUGGCAGCAGUGCCCGAGUCAAACAAAAAAUGAAAGCCCAGAUCUGGAACAGUUCAAAGCACCUCAUAACUCCAACUGUCAUAUGUUGGCUUGUAGCAGAUUCAACAACAUGGCAGACAUGUGGUGUGAUGAUUGGUGUGAUGGGGUGUUGUAAACUGCAGAUGCACAUCACAGGUUAGUACAAAAAUAGAGAAAUCUAGAGAGAAUAAACAACCUCUGUUAAGAUAAACUGCAAACUGUAAAAAGGUUACACACAAUCCAGCGCAAUCCUAACUUAAACCAGCCCAUUUUUGUUAGCAGUCAGUAUUCAAAAGCAGUACUGCCAAAAUGAAUACCACAAAAAACGUGUUAAUCGAGUAAUUGUAAUUGAAUAACUGAAUUUAGCUUGCCUCAUGUUAGGUACACCAAGUUUUAAGUGCUACACUAAGUAGCUUCAGCAGAAGAGCGCACCAUAAUCAAUUUGAUAUAUAAUGUUUAACUUCUUACAACAUUAUUAGAAUAUCUGCAAACAGUAUUAUAGUUAUGUGUGUGUG